AUGAAACCUGAUGAAAUGUUCCAAAAGCAGUGCACUGGAUUUUCGACUGGGCGAAGGUUUGUGAGGGUCAAAGGUCACAUUGAUCUCUGCACUCGAACAAGAUUGCAUAUGACAGUAGACCUAUACAUAGUCGAGAUGCUGCGUUCUCUCUGUGCCAGCUGUCCAACGUAUUUAUGGGAACCUGAUUUUCCCGUUGAUGUCUUGGAGACUAGCCUGAAGCAGUAUUGUGACCUACCAAGGAGGGGAAAACCCGAGAGUAAACAAGAGUGGACCCCUCUUGCUGCCAUUCUCUGUCACCACAAGGGUGACAGUACAGGUGGUAAAAAUGCUCUUAAAGUGGUGGCACUAGGAACAGGGUCAAAAUGCAUUGGACAAAGCAAAAUGAGUGAAGAAGGAUGGGUUCUUAAUGACAGUCAUGCUGAAAUCGUUGCCCGAAGAGCUUUUGUCAGAUACCUGCUGUAUCAGUUGAGGGAAGCGAUUAUAGGAAAAGACUCCAUCUUUGAGCCAUUUAAAAAUAACACGUACAGGCUGAAAGAAGGUCUGACGUAUCAUUUUUUCACAAGCCAGAUUCCAUGUGGCGAUGCUUGUAUUUUCCCUCAAGAAAUACAACAUAGCCUGAAAAAAAGAAAACGAAAAUCUUCAAUUGAACACGGAUCACAUCCUAUUGACAAUCAUCCCGAGAUAAUUGAUAGUUCAGAAUCUGAACCCAGUACUAAAAAAUUGGACUUGGAACCAUCUACAAUCAUGGACCAACAAUCUGACCUUAAACCUGAUCACGCCUCACAUGCUACCCUUCAGUCUACUACUGUUGACCUUUCGUGUUACAAACCUCCCUAUCUUGAUAGUAACCUCAGCACCCAGGAGAAUAUCGAGUACAAAGAGAAAGCAGAUUCAGCGUGCCAGAACUUUCCCGAGAGGAUGUGUAUUGUUAAAACACAUUGUAUUGAAAGGCAUUGUAUUGACAGGUGUACAACUGAAACUACAAUGACAAUUGACCUCCCACAUAAGGCACUUGACACAUCACUGAAUGUCACACCUGUGGGCAUUGUGUAUGAUGAUAUUCAUAGAACUGGAGCAAAAUGUGUAAAGAGUGGGCCACAAGACAAGAAACUACCUGGAUUAGGUUACCACCAAAGUGGACUGCUACGUACGAAACCUGGACGGGGUGAUCCAACCCUUUCCAUGUCAUGCAGUGACAAGAUGAUGCGAUGGAACGUGUUGGGGGUGCAGGGAGCAGCCCUCUCUCAUUUCCUUGCCCAUCCAAUCUAUUUUGCGAGUGUGGUUGUUUGCGGAGAACGGCUUAAUUUUGAAGCACUACACAGAGCAUUGUGUGGGAGGUUAGCACAAUUUGAAGUAGACAAGAGCGUAAGGGAACAUGGAUUCCAUGUGCAUUGUCCAAGAUUAUUUCAUUGUGAGACUAUUCCCAGCUGUGUAAAACUGAGGAAAGUCUAUACUGAAGUGACAUCAACAGCGGAGCGAAAACUAUCCCCAUUAGCCAUCUCUUGGAGCGUGGAACCUGUUACGCUUGAGGUUGUUGUCCAGGGCCUAAGGCAAGGGGUUAAUGCAAGGAAAACAGCUGGAAAAAGUGCGAGCGUGACAAUCAGUAAACAUAAUCUCUUCAAUGAAAUUAUGGACCUGUUGUUGUCACUCCCAAAAGAUAUGCGUCCACUAACUUUAAGGGAGGAAUAUAAGGACUACCGCUCGCUAAAAAUAGCCGCAACUAGCUAUUGGAAAAGUCGAAGCUCAUUUCUAAAGCAGUUUCCCGACUGGCUCGUUACUGAUGGCAAGUAUGAACUGUUUUCCCAUGAUAUGGAUAAACCAUCUUCAAGAUCACUGAGAACAAAUUGUAUAUAAUUUUCCCCACGUUCAUAAUAAUUAUAAGAAUGCACUGUUUAAUUUUGUAUUGUGUAAAAAUUGCUGGCAAAGCUGUUUGUUAACCACAUCCUGAAAUGGGCAUGCACACUUGGGUAUAAAAAGCCUUGCUCUAGGCUAGUAUCUAUCUCCUCAAUUUUUUCAAGCAAGAAUAGACAGACCACAAGAAGAAAUUCAAGAUGAAGACUCUGCUAUUGUUGGUUGCAUUGGUGAUCGGGUUGUGUUCAGCGGACCAAUGUGUGGACAUCCCAUCUGACAUGAA